GGAUGUGAUGCACAGAAUUAUGGUACUGGACGAUGCUGUAGUUUUAUACAAGCUCAUGGUAUUUGCUGCAUUUCGAACACUAUAUUUGUCACAGACGCAGCAGCAGGAAAAGUAAAACUAGUAGUUAGCAUGAGUGGAACUUUGUCCUUUCUUUAUCAUUUGGGGCUUGUUUAUGACAGUUUUGGAAUUACGUGUAAAGGAAGCACUCCUGCGCAAAUGACUCCAGAAUUGGUGGUGUCGAAUGUACGUAAAGUACACCAUACGUUUAAUCGACAGUGCGCAAAGUCAAGGAAAGUAAUCAACUAAAGGAAGAUGCGUCGACAAAUGGUCCUCAAGGAACUGUUUCCAAAAAAACGCAGACCUCAAUUGAGCUUUUGUUGAAAGGUAUGACCAAUCUUAUGGUAAAUCUCGAAAAAGUAAAUCCAGAAUUCAAGUACAACGUUGUUUUCAAAACAUUGUUAACAACUGAAGUAGAAAAUCUGCAUGCAGUGUCACACUUUAAGAAUGAGACAUUUAAUACUCUUCAGUACGCCAUGGACUUUGGCACUAUAGCAAAAGAAUCUCUUAAACGAGUUUCUGAAUGGGCGGCAAAGUACUUCACCCAUCCAGCGUCCUAUUAUCCAGUUCCCCAAACAGGAAUGUUGCUCAGUGACAUCAAGUUUAUGUCGCCACUCCCAUCCAAGACGCUCCCCAAUAGGGAGGAAGAUGCAAUGCGGGGAUUGGUUGACAACUUUCGCCCUGUGAGGCAAAGAACUGUCCGAUCUGAGACCACAAAGGAUAAAGCAGGAGCUUUGCCUCCUGCCGUCUAUACAAAGCAA